ACUCAUCUAGCUUCCCUCCUCCUCUUGCUAUCUCACCCUCUCUCUCUUUCACCCUCUCACCCUCUCUCUCUCUCACCCCCUCUCUCUCCCACCGCUCUUUUUUGGUGGAGGACCUAAAGAAGCAGCACAAGGCUCCGCGCCUUUUCCUUCUGCGUUCAGAGCUGCGAGAGUGUUUUCCAAAAGUCGUCUCAGGCGGAUUUUUUGCGUUAUCUUGGCAAAGCGGUGAGUGCAGCUCUGGACCCGCAUCGAGGGGAAGAUCAGAACGGCUAAAGCCCCCUGAACCGGGGGACGCCUCACUGGGGAAAGAGAAAAGUAAAGAAUUACCAUAGACAACAGAGGAAGGAGACGGGGGAAGACAAAUAAAGAACACGCAUGGUCUCGUAUUUCCUGAAAUGUCUUUUUGAAUGGAUUAGGACACGUUGCAAAAAUUAAGAGAGACUUUGACUUGGAACGUUUUAUGCCACCGACCUCCGCCUGGUUAUGGAGUGGUCGCUGUAAUCGAUCAGCUGAUUGAUUGGCUGAUUAACUGUCGGACGGUGUCACCCGGCAAACUUGGACUUGCGGGAGAUUUUAAGACCCUGAAAAGGGGAACCCCGCACUGCAGCUCGAAUGACUAUCUGAUAAUUAGCGUCGACCCUUCAGCCGAUUUGAACGUAUACUUGCCUGCUGAAGAAAUACCACAUGGUACUAAACGAGCAGCCAUUGCAACAACGAACUAAAAGUAGGAUCUUAAAGUAAUAUGAUUGCCACAACGGCUUCAUUUUGAAAUCGUUUUAAGAAUUAAAUAAAUACUAUUAUAGUGCAAGCUCUUUGCGGGACUGCGGUUCACAGAUUGGUGUAAGUUAUUUUUGGCGACGCAAAGUGGAGCGACUCUUCCACACCAGUGGCCGGACAGAGGCCGAGACAGACUGAACGCAGAGGUCCACCUACGUCUUCUUCUAACAUCCCCAGCCGCGGAAGAAUGGGAGAGGAUGCGUAACUGUGGUUAAUAUGAGCGGAAGGGGGAUUCUAUAUUAUUUUUGUUUUUCUGCCAGUUAAACGUAUCCUGUUCCAGUCUUGUAUACCUCGUUCCUUUACCUCCACUCAUCCGGCCCGUCCGUUCGGAGACGGUUAAACUGGCUGAAGGAGACCCACGAGGAGAGAUCCAGAAGUGGGAUUUAUUUCAGCAGAUGUUACAGAUUUCGUCCGGUCAAGAAUCGGUCACUGCAAAGCACCGGGUACCAGCGGGGAAUAGAGAGAUGAAGCCUUUAUCCCUCCUCUUCCUCCUCCUCCUCCUCCUUGCCUCGGGAGCCUGUGACGGCGUCAAGUACAUCUCUAAGAGGAACUCCGUGGACGGAUGCAUAGACUGGUCCGUGGAUCUCAAGGAGUACCACGUUCUGGCCGACGAACCUGUCCGGGUGAAAUGUGCCUUGUUCUACAGCUACAUCCGAACCAACUACACCAUGGCGACCAACGCCAAGCUGCGCCUCAUCUGGUACAAGAACAAAGGAGAUGCAGAGGAGCCUAUCAUUUUCUCAGGUCACAGGCUGAGUAAAGAAGACGACUCCAUCUGGUUCAGAUCUGCUGAGAUGGAAGACAAUGGAUUCUACACCUGUGUACUAAGGAACUCGACAUACUGCAUGAAAGUGUCCAUGUCCAUGAUUGUGGAAGAGAGGGAUGAGGGAAAAUGCUUCAGCAGCAAAAUCCGACAUCUGGAGAAGGCUGAGAUCACCCACAGCAAAAUGAUCACCUGUCCUGAUAUAGAAGACUAUUUGGCGCCGUACAAGCAACCACAGAUGACCUGGUACAAGGAGUGCGAGCGGGUUGAAUGGAGAAGCUCCAUCACUGUUAACACUACAAACAUCUGGAUUCCAGAGGUGGAAGAGGGUGACGGGGGAAAUUACACCUGUGAGUUACAGUAUGGAUCCAGACAGGUGCGACGGACAACACAGCUCAAAGUUACAGCUCUCCAGACCACUCAGCCUCCUAAGGUCCUUUUCCCCCCAGAGAGGCAAGACACGGCGAUAGAGAUCACGCCUGGUAUGCCCCUCAGUCUAGACUGCAAGGCGUUCUUUGGCUACAGUGGAGAAAACAGAAGGCCCAUUAUCUACUGGAUGAAAGGAGAAAAGUUUGUGGAAGAACUUGCGGGACACAUUAAAGAAAGUGAAGUCAGGAUUCUGAGGGAGUAUUUAGGGGAGAAGGAGGUGCAGCUGUCCUUAACGUUUGAUGCUGUGGACGAAGCAGACCUGGCCAACUACACCUGUUACGUGGAGAACCACAUCGGGAGGCGUAGCGGGAGCGCUAUACUGCAGAAGAAAGAUAUGUAUCGCCUGGAGCUGGCCGGAGGUCUGGGCGUCAUAUUGCUGCUGCUGGGAAUCCUCACAGCCCUUUAUAAGUGUUACAACCUGGAGAUCAUGCUGUGCUACAGGAGACACUUUGGAAGUGAUGAAACCGAAGACGAUAACAAGGAGUACGACGCCUAUCUGUCCUACACCAAAGUGGAGCCGGACUGUUUGGGCAGGUCGAGCAGCGAUGAGGAAACGUUGGCUCUGGAGAUCCUGCCGGACGUUUUGGAGAAACAUUAUGGAUUCAAGCUGUUUCUACCAGACAGAGAUCUAAUACCCAGCAGUACCUACAUCGAGGACUUGGCUCGCAGCGUGGAGCAAAGCAGACGUUUGAUCAUUGUUUUGACUCCGGAGUUCGUCGCUAAGAGAGGCUGGAGCAUCUUCCAGAUUGAGACGCGCCUCCACUCCAUGCUGGUUACCGGGGGGAUCAAGGUGAUCAUGGUGGAGUGUGCAGACCUGAAGAAUGUCAUCAACUACCAAGAGGUGGAAGCACUUAAACAUACAAUCAAGGUUCUAUCCAUCAUCAAGUGGAGGGGGCCGAAGAGCAACGAGCUGUCGUCUAAGUUUUGGAAACAGGUGGUCUACGAGAUGCCUGCUAAACGCAGAGAGACGUUGUCUAGACGCCAGGUGAUGGACUCCGGUGAACAGGGCCUCUUUGGCGAUCUCCAGACCACCGUCUCCACUAUUGCCAUGACAACCACUUCCGCCUCCUUGGGUCCCCCCAAUGAGAGCCGCCAUGGACAUCAUCAGGUUGCCUUAGCGACAGAGAUCCCUGACUACAAUCAGAUGACGUUGCCACUGGGAGGCGGCCAUACAGCCACAGCUGCACAAAUGAGGCAUUUCUGCCGCAGCUACGAGUUCCAGCUUCCCCCACAGCCUCCCUCCAUGUCGCCUCCCCUUCCAUCUCUCUCCACAGUGCAGUUCUCCACGCUGGGCCCCGGGGGGCGCCACGUCUAUUGCAACAUCCCUAUGACACUACUGAAUGGACAGGGGUUCAGAGCAGAUCACUGGGGAACAAGAGGUGACUCAGAGCAGUACCCUCGGGAAGAAGCCAGAACUCCACCUGAACAGCACCUUUGUACCGCUCACCAGCAGAGAACUAAGCUCUGACAUCUGGUAGACUGCUCCACCUUUACUGGAUUACAAACCAGUUCACAGACUGUAUUUACAGCCGGUUUUGGAAAUGGAAGGGACUGGUUGGUCGACGGGUUUUUUCAUUGGCUUUUUGGAUGGUGUACAGUCUUGUUUUUCAUAAGCGAACAGUUGACUUGAGGACUGCCUGCCGAUUGAACAGAUGAGUGCGCUGAGACUCUUGGACAUACUGGUUGCAGACUGCAUAGAGACACAGAAAUAUGAAACAACAUUACUGGUCAUACGCAUUUGGAGUCUGACCACAGGAUUGAACAGGAAGUGGACUAGUCAAUGAAAUGGUUCAGGAUACUUUAACGAUGAGUUUGUAUGUAAGAACGAGCGGGAGUGCUUCCCUUGUAACCCGAAUAAGUUGGACCCCGGAGUGUCUUGAACCUGCGUGGGGAAAGCUGCUGAUUCGCCAGCUGCUUGACUGCUCGUAAAUAGUGUUCCAUAGAAAAACAAAAGUAGCAUAAUCUCAGAAUGUCGACUGCAGUGCAUCCAUCGACCUGUGGUCUUGGUGGCUCGUCAAUAAGCGUGGCAGACUUCGAGGAAUACCAGUCCACCUUAAAACAACAAGUCAACCUCUUGAAAUAAAAUUCCUGCUUUUGGUACUUAGGAGCUAAAAUGGUUGACCAAAAAUAAAUGGAUUCCAGCAAGAAUAUUAAGAUAA